AGAGACCUUCCUUAUUCGCAGUCAGAAACCAUCGAAUGUGAAUGUCAACGCCGAGGCACGUGGCGACUACUUUCCGUUGGUUAUGGCUAGCAAUUUGAACAAGGCACUCRAUGUCUUCAGCGACGCAUGCUGUAGCGGAGAAUUUCGCAUAGACGACCAUAACRACGACUUAAAUUACAUCUAUGAUAAUGAUGACGAGGGUGAGGACGAAAAUAACGAUGACAUCGCAAAGACCAAUCUCAAGAACAGCAGAAAUAGCUACGAUGAUAAGGGGAUUGUAAGAAAAACAUCGGUGACCCCACUAGCACCUGUUUCAGUAGGAAGCAAUAUCCUUCAGCGAGAGACUGUGGAUUAUGGUUGUGAGGGCUGCACCCGAAAGGGCUGCGAAUCUCCCACAUCGUCGGCCAAUACGGAGGUAUUUGAUGAAGAAAGAGGUGCUGCGUUUCACCUGUCUUUGUGCGAAGCACAACAACAAYCCGGGGGACAAGGAGAGYUGGAACGAGACGUUCCAGCRUCUGUGAUAGCCACAACAAAUUGUUCGUCAUCAUCAUUAUCAUCUCUAAUCCAGUCGAAAAGCUUGCUACUACCUCCACCGGUGAUGUCCCGAAAGCGACCGAGGCUACCAGAAAAGAAUUCAAAAAGAAAGGUUACGACCAACAAAUCGGCGCUGCGCUUUUGCGAUGCACCAAACCUUUGCUCUAUCCACUACACAAUCUCACGAUGGGACAUGACCGACCAAGAAAUUCGGAACACUUGGCUGCAGUCGGAUGAAUUUUUGAAGAUUCUGCGACGAGACGAAAGGGUCGCAUUGCGUAUCGAACAGCAAACGGCGCCGCAUCAUCUGAAGCACAUUUGUACCCGCGGACUCGAGUCUCGUCUACAGCUUCAAGCCCUYCGAAAGCAGUCACAUAGAUUGAUUGGCCUUGAAGAAGUCUUGGUGGAACUCGAAAAUCAGUGGGAUCGCCACGACUACAAUGUUCACAACACAAAUACGAAGACCAACAAUGAUGGAGACAGCAGCAACGAUCAUCAUUGUCGCUAUGAUUUCGAUGCCUUUGCCAAAGUAUACGGCAAUAUCUCGAAAAUAUGCAAGAUCCAGGCCGAAAAGGUGGCCCAGAAUGAUCGAAAAGAGGUCGAAGAUUACCUGAAAGAGGAACCSGAACUAGAGGUGAUGAAAAAACAACAGCAAAAACGGGAAGCGAGAAAAACUUUUAGCAACAACACCAACACUAAUACCAACAAGAACCAAAAACAAAAAACGGUGACGAGAUCUUUCUCCUCGAACUAUGUUCGCUCGCCCUCUCGUCCUGAAGCAAAGGACAUGUGCUGGUUGUGAAUCAUGAAUCAAGAUUCAUCCUAUUCACUCCUCUUUACGAUGACGGACUGGGUUUGUCAACACCAAGAGAMACAYGUUGUAGUUGCGCAUGUUAAGAGCUAGUUAAGCUGAAUACUUAAAUUCAAGAGCAGAAUGAAAUAUGUCACUACAA